CUCGCGGGAACACAGCCUAGCGGACGCGGGAGGCGCGUCUUCUGAACCGGUCUGAGCUGUGGUAACUCCGGGUGGGCUCCGAGGACUUCGCCAGGAGCUGCGGUUGGCCCUUCGCGGGAGCGGGGACGACGCCAGUGCUGAGGAUUGGGCCCAAGGCCUCUUGCAAACCAGGCAAGCCCUCUACCAGUGGGCUCUUCCCCAGUCUCAAAACGUGCUAUUUUUUAAAAACAGAAACCAGGCUCACCUGUCUCCAAGAGAUAGGCUCAGCAGCAGCUCCUUCGGAGGUCUGGCUAAACACCGCGGACCUGCAGUGGAACCUUCUGGAAGACAUUUCUCUUGGCGUUGAGCAGACCUCAGUAUCUCUUCCUGCGUGCUCCAUGGCAACUCCUGUUGGAAGCACCUUGGGUCACCAUUAGAUCUAUUUCAUGCUUCUUGUAUCUCCAGCAUGUCAAACCUUGUUCAGUCUUCAAACCAGUCAGAUCCAGGAAGGCUUGCUACUGGCCAAGUGAAAGGGGCCCAGGAGGCGAUACCAUCAGAAGUCAGGCGUCUGUCAGCUUGGAAGAACAGCCCAGUGGCUUCUUUUGAUUCACCUCUUGAAGCGGUUCCCAAUGGGAGCCCAAGCAUGACAAAGGCAGCUGACCGAGUCCAUCCUAGCUUUACUGGUUUGCUGGUGAAAAACAAGACUCUCUUAGCUGAGCUCAGAACUCUGCAAAGAAAACUUUUCAGAGAAGAGACUUCGCUGCAAGAGACCAAGACUGAACUAGCAAGGUACAAAGAACAGCAGUCCUUCCAGAUAACGUCCCUGAGAGACGAUGUCAAGGGCCUGCAGGAACUUAUCACUUCCCUAACCAGAAUUAAGUCUUUGAAAAAUUCCAAUAUUCAAAAUCUUGAAAGAGGCAACUGGAAUCUAACUAAAAGAGUUACAGAACUAGAAAACCUUCUAAGAGUGUAUCUGACUGAAAGACAAAAAGCGGAGCAAAAAGCAGACUUUCUGGUGAAUAAGCUGCCACAUAAGAGCGGAUUCCCCUCUGUGCAUAUAAAAGGACAAGAAGAGUCUUCGGAUAUUUUUCUAGAAAAGGAUAAGGACAAAGCACUCCUGGCCAAAAACUUUGAGAGAGACAUUAUUCAUACUGAAGGGCCAAAUGAUGGGCAGAAAAUUUGGGAUAAAUCUCUACAAGAUUUGUUCCACGAGGAAAAACCAACAUCUGAGUUACGCGGACCUCCAUAUUCAUACAGCCGAGAAAUUAAAACUGCACGGUCCCAGUACCAGGAUCUCCUCAGUCAGCUGGCUGCCCUUCUGAGCGACAGCGGCGGCCCCAUCCCGGCCACAGAGGACGCUGUGAAGGAGAGGAUUCAGGAAAUGGGUGCAAAGGAACAAUCAUGGAAAUCUAAAACUGAAAGCCUUGAGCAGAAAAUUCAGAAGCUCACUAAGCGGCUGGAGCAACUGUAUCAGAUGUGUGAAGAGGCUGCUCCAGAACCGCCCCACACCGGAAAGAAUUACAGGGAACAAAACACACUCCCGACAUGUCUGGAAGGAAACACUGCUAUCGAUGACUCUCUUCAAGGGAAAUUAGAGUUGGACAGGAAGAAAUUAAUUUCUGCAAAGGAGAACUCCACAACAUGGAAUUCCCUGACAGAUAAGCACAAGUUCAAACAAUUAGAUAUGUUAUUGAAUAUUCAGCAAAAUUUUCAGCUUGCUACAACAUUAAGAUUGGAGGACAAAAUCCAGAAACUUCAGAAACAGCUUAGUGAUUUGAAACUGUCAAAUAAAACUAUGAAAACUCAACUGUCAAGAGUCAACACCCUGAAAGACAAAACAAUUGAAAAGCUCAGGAAAUCACUGACAAAAGUUGAGAUGAUGAAAGAGAAGGCAGUUAGGAAAGCAGACAACUUGAAGACUACAGCAGCCUCUGCAGAACACGAGGCGGGAUCAGAGAAAGAGGGCGCGCGGGACGUGAUAGGUGGCGGCCCUCCUGAGUGUGCCACGGCUCAGAGCGCACUUGAAGCAUCGGGACCAGGAGAGCUCCUUGACUUUCGAGACACCAUUAUGAAGAUGUUGGGAUUUGACAUGAAAACAGCAGACAAAGAAAUCAUCAAUCAGCUGAAGCUUAUCGUACAAGUUUAUGAAAUAGCUAACAGAUCAAAGAUUGCUUCCGCCUGUGAGAAGGGAAAGGACAAUGAACAAAGAAGCUCUGCCGGUCACUGCUCCCAAGAACCCGGAUGACAUGGAUGUUUCCUACAGCAUCUUGAAUAUGGCCUCACUAUAAAUAAAAUUCCCUGGAAAUUUUCACUUAAA